AUGGUAAACAGCACAGAUACCCUUACUGCUCUUCUCGAUUUGCUAACACAGCUUCAGGCAAGCAGCGGCAGCAAAGUCACUGACUGGGUCAAGCCCGGCGACACUUCAGGCGAGUUCAAGCGCCAAGUCAGUUCAUUCCGAGACUCCAUCUCUCGCGAUCCCAACGCCAAGUAUCCUGCCGAGAAGGGCCGCUAUCACCUCUACGUAAGCUAUGCAUGCCCAUGGGCAUGUCGCACCCUCAUCGCGCGUAAGCUCAAGGGUCUUGAGGACUUCAUCUCGUUCUCGGUUGUUCACUGGCAUCUUGGUCAGGGCGGCUGGCGAUUCGUGACCAAGGACGAAGAUGUUCCUGGCGAGAAUGUCGUGCCUGAUCCCAUCAAGGGCCACGAGAGCUUCACGCACCUGAAGGAUAUCUACUUCGAGAGUGAGAAGAACUAUGAUGGCCGAUACACUGUGCCGGUGCUGUUUGACAAGAAGACGAACCGAAUUGUGAGCAACGAGAGCAGCGAGAUUCUCCGCAUGCUGGGCACUGAGUUUGAUGAUCUUUUGGAUGAGAAGUACAAGUCUGUCCAGCUGUACCCUGAGGAUCUUCAGAAGCAAAUUGACGAAGCUCAUGAGUGGCAAUACAACGAGAUCAACAACGGUGUGUACAAGUCUGGCUUCGCAACCACCAGCGAGGCCUACGAGCGCAACGUUAUCACUCUAUUCGAAGCUCUCGACCGCGCUGAGAAGCAUCUGUCUGAGCAGAAGGACGGCCCUUUCUGGUUCGGCAACAAGUUGACCGAGGUCGACAUUAGACUUUUCGUGACAAUCAUCCGGUUCGAUCCCGUCUACGUGCAGCACUUUAAGUGCAACAUCCGCGACAUUCGUUCAGGAUACCCUGCUCUGCACCGCUGGAUGCGCAACUUGUACUGGAACGAGCCGGCGUUCAAGGAGACGACACAGUUCGAGCACAUCAAGUGGCACUACACCAGGAGCCAUACGCAGAUCAACCCUCCCUCGAUCACACCUGUUGGACCGCUGCCGCAUAUCCUGCCGCUUGAGGAAGAGGUUGCGGCUGCGCAGAAGAAUUGA